AGUAAGUCGAGGCUUGUCUAAUCGUUGUCAGUCUAAUGGUGUGUUUCGAGAGUAGUACACGGGUUUUCGAGUGAUUCUAAUUGAAUGAACUAAUACGUUGUGCAGUGAAUUGUUUGGGCGAGGUGGUGCUUUUUUCAUCAGUGCUCCCGUAACUUACGCUUCCGGAACGUCUAGUAGGCGGUUCGCUUCCAAGUAGAAAAAACUGCGAUCUCGUAUGUGGAAAAUUGUUCCCCUUCCAUGAUUGGUUUGUCGCUAAGAAAACUUGGAGGUGUUUUCUCAGGUGAAAAGUUUAGUUCCUGAAUCAACGAAUGUUUGCAGUAAGAAGACCGAGUAUAUGUAAUGGAAUACGUGGAAUUGUGAGCAAAGUGCGUGGUAGAGAAAAACAACUAAAUUAGUUCAAAGAGAAAGCUAAAUUGUUUAUCGGGCGAAUUAGGGAACAACCACCAGCUGAAACAUGUCACCAGCUUUCUUAGCGGUGAUCGCCGUCAUCCUCUGUAUCCUGUUUCGAUUAUUAAAUGUUAACAGUCAACCGCAAAUCCCCCAACUGCUCUGCCGAGAUGGCCAGUUCAUGGAGUGCUUCAACAAGAUUGCUCCGAUGCUCAGGGAACCAUACAUUCCAACUCGCCUGUGGGGCUUCAGCGGCCACAUCCAGACAAUAAUUCACAGCAUAGUGGGCCGCGUGAAGUGUCCCUGGCCACUGGGAGAACGCGUGUAUCUGCUGCUAGCGGACGGUUCAACGUUGACCUACGAUUUGUAUCAACCACUGAAUACUACUGUAGAAGACGACAUCACGGUUGCCAUAUGUCCGGGCAUUGGGAACUCUUCCGAGUCGGUCUACAUCCGUACCUUCGUACACUACGCACAAUGUCACGGCUAUCGAUGCGCCGUGCUGAACCAUAUCGGGGUAUUGGACAGCGUCCAAGUGACCUCUCCUCGGAUUUUCACAUACGGUCACACCGACGACUACUCGGCCAUGAUCAACAAUCUGUUGAAGAAGUAUCCAGCGACUAACGUCGUGUCGGUCGGUUUCUCACUGGGCGGCAACCUCAUCUCCAAAUAUCUAGGAGAAGCACCCCGACAGAAGAAUAUCAUCGGCGGAAUUUCCAUUUGUCAGGGCUACAAUGCAGUAGUAGCUACCCAGUGGUUACUCAAAUGGCAAAACUUCCACCGGUUCUACCUGUACGUUCUGACCGAGAACGUGAAAAGUAUUAUCAUGAAGCACCGACACGUACUACUAUCGGAUGACGUCAAGCAGCGCCACCAACUGAACGAACGAGAAAUUGCGACAGCGGCCACUUUGCCCGAACUAGAUGAGGCCUACACUCGGAGGGUGCAUAACUUCAAAACCGUCAAGGAUAUGUACAGCUGGAGCAGUUCGUUACACUACCUGACGAACAUCAAGCGACCGAUGGUGUUUGUGAACGCAAGGGAUGAUCCGCUGGUGCCGGAGACGUUACUGCAUUCCAUCAAGGAGUUUGCAACCACCAGUAACCAGUCUCUGUAUAUCGAACUCGCCAACGGAGGCCACCUGGGCUUCUACGAAGGUGGUCUGCUUUAUCCUAAUCCCGUGACCUGGUUGGAUCGGGCUCUGGUAGCACUCAUCGGAGGCAUUGUGAUGGCGCACAACGAUAUGCUGGUGGCAAAGAAAACUGCCACCGUAAUCUAAGAUUCGCUAACAUUCCCUCCGCCAACGGUCAACGACUGCUACUCUAGCAACUGGCUUAUCAACUGGUUUAAGUACUGGUUGACAGCGAUACCUUCAGCUCCUUCGUUGCGAGGUAUUUUCGUUACGCUGUUCAAGCUGCUGAUGUCUACGGUUUUCCGACGCAAAUCGGAAUUCGGCUCAGGUACCUCGACGGCAGCAGCUACAACGCCAUCGGUUGAGAAAUGAUCAAACGUUUGUGCGUUUGGAUUCAUGGCGACAACUUUUAGUAACGCACAGUCAUUGACGACGAAGGGAAUGUACGUGGGUGGCUUUGACACUCUCGAAAGCACAAUUAAAUCUAACGAGAUAUUCUAAGCUCGAUGGUUCGAGUUGAACCUUAGUUUUGUUUCAUACGGAAACAAUUCCUCAGAUACCAAUUAUCGAUUACAUGAGUUUCUUAUAGAGUAUUUAGAGUAUAGAAACCAUCAUUAGAUUCAACAGUGCGCGAGCAGGAAUUGUGAAAAUUUUAAUUGUGAUAAAUGUGAUUUAUAAUCAUAGCUUGACGACGAUGUUAAUUUUUAUGAAUAAAAAAAAAUACAACGUUUAGUAACAAAUUUUACCACCGCCAGUUGGUUUGUUGAUAAUGCUUCUAAACAGUCUCGUAUGUUACACAUAUUUCGACAACAUUCAGCACUUACUUAUUCCACAAGAAUUAUGUCUUGGAAUACGAGUACAUUUCAAUUAAUAAACACUUCUUACAUUAUCGGUCAAAAAAUAGACUAUGUAUCGUGGAAUCAGAUUCUUAAUUAUGAAUCUUAACACUUUACGGACCGCUCACGAGUUUUCUCGUUUUCGCGUUCCUUCUUUACGGACCUGUGUGAAAUUAGCAGAUAAAAGUUUUUGUUGCGUGGAAGGUUAUGUAUAAUGUCUUGCUGGGUUUCAUGGAUAACGAAUUAUUUAAAUUGAUUGUUUAUCAAGUAACAUCUUCACAAUCAUGCUCAUUAGAUAGAAUUCAUCUUUCCACAUAAUUAUUUUUUUCUUGAAGUUAUAGACUGAAACGUGAGCAUUGGUCAAUACAGCAAAAUAUACAAAAUUUUGAAAAUCAAAAAAAGUUGUUCGAAUAGAGUUAUCGAAGUUAUUCGAUAGAGAAAUAUUUUACCUAUUUUCCAGCCACAAUUUCAUUAAUCGGAAAAGGGUCUGAGAAAAGUUAUAGGCCAAGUAGUAUGGGAGAAAUUAAUUAUUUCAAAGAAAAUUGAAAAAAGUGAUUGGAUUGGACCCAAAACACAUUCUCGAGAUAGUACUUAUUCGAUAUAGAAUGUUUUUAUCUAUCUUCAGCAAAAUUUCCAUAGGUCAGAAAAGGGUCUAAGAAAAGUUAUAGGCCAAAACCAAUACAACUUGUAUGGUAGAAAUGAUUUAAUUUAAUGAAAAUUAAGAAAAGUUAUUUGAAAGGACCCAAAACAUUUUUGAGGUAAUAGCCAUUGGAUAGAGAAUAUUUUUAUCCAUCUUCAGCCAAAUUUUCGUUGGCCGAAAAAAAGUCUGAGAAAAGUUAUGGGCCAAAAUGUAUACAAGUUGUAGGAGGGAAAUUAAUAAAUUUGAGGAAAAUGGAAAUAGAACUUUUUCACAAACAGUAAAAAUUGAAGGAACGAAGUGCGGAGUGGAAAUUUAAAGGCGAUUUUUGAAAUGCUUUAAAAUUGAGAAAUAUCAUCGCAUGAAGAUGGGAUAUAAUUCACUUUAAAGCAUAAUUUACAUGGAUUUACACGGAAUAUUUCACAAAGAAAUUUGUAUCUCGGAGUGUGUAGAUGCCAAAAAUAAAAACAUAAUACAUAAUGGACAAAAAUAGCGGCAAGAAAUGAGAAAUCGAUUUCUUUCUGUUUUUUCAAAGAUAGCAAAUCCAAUUAAUGUUAUUGUAGGACCAUUUAGUAAAGAUAUAUUAUUGUUUGAACGAAAAAUUUCGAAUUCGUAUUUGAUGAUGAAUAGUUCAAUAAAUAAUCAUCGAAAAACAGUUUUGAAACUCCAAUAAAUUCUAUGUACCCUGGAUUUUCUUACGCGGGGGAUAGAAUUUUGUUAUACUUUGUCGCGGUACACCAUAGUAGAUGUACUUUGAGUAUUUUCUCAAAUUUUCAUUCACAAGCCUAUUGAGAAUGGGAAAAAAAGAAAAACUCAUUUUUUCACUAAAGCUCUUAUAGUAAACCAUAUAGGAGAAUUAUCUUAUUUCCUAUUUUUUUUAUCCAAAAUAUAUAUUUUUUUAAGGCUCAUAUGGCGUCAGCCUAACGGGGCCGGGAGUUCAAUAUUUCGACAAUGUUUGCUUACAUCUAUGUUAGUAAUAUGUAACCGAUUACUCGCGGUUGGCUCGAAGUUAGUAUUACAAGUGUUCUCAUAAUUGGGAUGUUGCAGUCUUCAAUGCUCUGUACGUGUGCCCGACACGGGAUACUUCCUACUGGGAUGCAGCUGACCGUUAAUCAGCAACGCCCCCCUAGUCUGUACCCCAUAUCUAGCGUGGUGCGUCUUUCUCGACUCGAGGAAUCCAGGAUAGAAUGAUCACUUGCCGGCGCAAUCUUAUUUCCUAGUUCGGUACCCUAUAAAACAUUUUCCAGAGGGCUGAUGAUAAUGUUUGGAGAACUUUUUUAUAGAGUUCAGGAGAAUAAAAAAAAGGAAUUAAAAAGAUUUUUUAGACUUAUUCAAUAUUUUCGUACCGCAUAGUUCUCGAAGUUUUAUGAAAAUAAAACACAAAUAUCAGAAAACACAUACGAACAUAUUUAAACAUAAAUAAAAACAGUACAGGGAAACAUCGAUAUAACGCACCCUCGUUAUAACGUACCCUCGAUAUAACGUACAUUUUACCUCGAUAUAACGUACAAAUUUCCAAAGUGUAGAGGAAAAAAAUCCAAUAUUUUUUUUUCUGAUAGAACAAUGAAUUAUCCGUAUUGUGAUGCUAAAACAAGUUUUGUGCCUUCAAUCAAUUCUGAAAUACAGCUGGUUUUGUGAUUCCGGAUUCUAAAUGAAUCAAGCUUUAAUCAACAGUACGAAGGGAAACAUCAUGAGAAAGGCUGGCUUCGUCUUCUGAUUGAAGUUAUUCAUUGACUUUACUAAAACAGCAACACAAUAAUGUAUUCUAGACUACGUUUGUGAGUACUUUAUUAUGCUUCGAUAUAACGUACAAUUCUAUACAACGUACAAUUUUGAAAGUGAAAUGUACGUUAUAUCGAAGUUUACCUGUACUGAGUUUUAAAAUUCUAAAAAAAAUCUAAAGUUGGGAAUAUAUAUUUUUUGUACCGUGCAACAUUCUUAGAAAAUUCUGAAAAAAAUUACAAAUAUCUAUAAAAGCCAUAGGAACACAUUUCAAUACGAAUUAGAGUAGUACUGAAUCUCUAAAUGCUCAAAAAUUUUUUAUCUUAAUGCUAUUGAGAAUGGCGUGCUAAAAAUUGAAAGGUACGUUUUUCACCAUAUAUUCUAUGGUGAAUUACAUAGAGAUUCGGAAAAUAGUCAAAAUUUCUAUACAAUAUUUUCCACAGAGCUGGUGAUUUAGUUUGGAGGCACUUUUUACUUCCUUACCCAGCCAGACCCUUUCCCCCGUACAACUCGUGAACGUUUUGGCCAAUAACUUGUUUCAUACCCUUUUCCGACCAAUGGAAAUUUGAUUCAAGAUAGAUAAAAUUAUUCUAUAUCGAAUAAGUACUAUCGCGAGAAUUUGUUUUCGGUCCUUUCAAAUAUUUUUUUCAAUUUUCUUUAAAAUAAUUAAUUUCUUUCAAACAACUUGGCCUAUAACUUUUUUCAGACCCUUUUCCGAUCAAUAAAAUUGUGGCUGAAAGAUAGGUAAAAUAUUUCUCUAUCGAAUAACUUCGAUAACUCUAUUCGAACAACUUUUUUUGAUUUUCAAAAUUCUGUAUAUUUUCCUAUAUUGACCAAGGCUCACGUUUCAGUCUUUAACUUUUCUCUGUCACGAUAAAAAAAAGAAUUAUGUGGAAAGAUGAAUGUUUCAAUUCUCGAUCUAAUGAGCAUGAUUUUGAAGGUUGUUACUUGUUAAACAAUCAAUUUAUUUCAUCUGAAAUAAUUCAUUAUUCAUCAAAUCCAGCAAGAAGUUGAACAGAAACUUGCACGCAACAAAAACUUUCAUCCGCUAAUUUCACACAAGUCAAAACGUGCUGUCCCAGGCGUAUGUCUUACAGAUUUCUUUACGGUCCUUAAUGUGUUAACACGAUAAAAUACUGUAUGUACUUUGUGCGCGCACACCGUUUUUCGCCAACGUAUCUUCAACCUACAGUUACUAUAAUGUAUCGCUUCUAACAUAUCUAUUUCGGCAGUUUAAAGCACCUAUAAAGAUCGGUUUGUUUUUUGGUAGCCAUGUACUCAAGGAACAAUAUUGUUCUAAUAUCCACUUAUAAAAUUCGUAUUCGCGAAUUGUUUCCGCAAUGUUUACCAACAAGACCCUUACGCAAACGAGUAACUGGUCAGAUAUAUUCCUAAGUGGCGGGCACAAUCAUCCCAGCCAUUACGUGUCUAAAUAAAUAUAGCUCAAAAGAUCCAACCCAGUUUGGAUUGAGAAAUAAGCCUUUUUAUCAAACUAGCAUGAAACAACAAGACGGAAAAAAACAGAUCAAUAUAUGUUUGGAUAACAGUUUACAACCUGUUUAGAUUAAAGAAAACAAAACAUAACAUAGCAGAGUACAGUUGAAGCUCGAUGUUUGUAUACCAAGUUCAUCAGUGUAGUUAAAGAAAUAUCAAGCAGCAGCAAAGCGUGAGAUUUUUCACAUUCCAAAUACGUUGAUACGGUGGUAAUCACACAAACAUAAUCAAAAUGCAUUUGCAUUUACGGGAGGGUACGCAACGUGAUGAAAACGAUAGGUUACGAAAUGUUGGAGAUUAGUAUUAUUUUUGUAAAAACUCAACAUGAGAAUAAAAGGUUUUAAAACGCAGGGAUGUAACAAAUUGAUGAAGAAAUAAAAUUAAAACGCAUAACGCGAGACGUAACAAAACAAACUGUAGACGGUUUUCUGCUUUUAAGAGGUUAUAUGCUAAGAUAGGCGUUGAGAGAGGUAGAGAAAUGUGCACACGGCGAUAACAAGUAAAACUGAAAAGUAUUUGUGUAGGAAAAGGAUCGAUUUUUUUCUGAGGCAUAUCACAAUCUAUUUCUUUAUAAUUUUUUCCGCCGAAAGUUGAACUAGCUGAUGAUGAACGGAUGAGAACACUUGUGCAUCGUCAAUCAUAGUUUCCCAUGAAUUUUUAACUUUUGAAUUUUUUUUUAAGGUCUGACUUAUCACUGACCACAUAAUAAAUGUGUUAUGUGCAAUGUCCACUUGUGCUUCACAAGUAAACGAAAUUGUUUCGUAGGAUACCAUAACUAACCAUUUAUUUUACUUUUGUGAUAAUUUUUAUUAUGUUUUUUUAAAAUACAAAGCAAUAAAUCAAAUA